GUGGAAUUUAUCCAAUCAGUUGGAUGAGUCACACAACAAAAAGAUCCGGUGAUUUCGCGCGAUAUUUCUAAAUGCAUUAAGUUUAGUAACGCCCUUGAAAAUGAGGCUACCAAUCAUCAUGACAUCGCUGCUAGCGCUCCACCUAGUCGCGGGUCAAGAGUUCGAGUGCUCGUUGGAAAAGAUCGAUUCUAGCGAGGAUGAGCACUGCGUGUUCCGGGAUGUAAAUCUCAAGGCAGCGACUGCCGGUGUAAAGUUUAGCUAUCCGGCCGGCGCGCCAAAGCCAUCUCACGUGGCCUUUCUCAGUAGCAGCAUGAAACAGGUGCCUUCAAACUUUUUGAACCUAGCCGGUCCGGAGCUCAAAGUGCUCCGGGUUGAAAGCUGUGGCCUGCAGUCGGUGGCCAUCAGCAGUGGGCUGGAAGCUCUGUACGCCAAGGACAAUACAAUUGUAACGGUCAUCGUUCACCAGAGUGGACCGGACGGGCCACUCCGGACGUUAGAUUUAAGCGGAAACAGUCUCAAAGAUAUCAGCAACGUGACCAAAUGCCAAGCUCUGGAAACUCUUAAUUUAAGUGGAAAUGAUCUUGGAGACACUUUGGAGCUGAACAAAUUUAAGGGGAUGAACAACCUGCGCAAGCUUGACCUAGCCCGCAACGAGAUAAACUACAUCGAUAACACGGGCAACACAAAUCUAGAAUCACUGGAAGAUCUGGAUUUAUCCCACAACAACAUCCUUCCAUCGGAUUUAAACAUCCAAAUAUUCUACCCGCUCACCAAGCUACAAACCCUCCGGCUCAACGACAAUCUCAUGGCCCAACUCGACUACAAUCUGCUGCUCAGCAUCAAAUCGCUCAAAACGGUCUACCUCAACGGGAACAACUUUGAUUGCACCUACCUCGAACGAAUGCUGCAACAUCUUCAAGCCAACAACGUCCAAACCCCACCCGGUGGACCGUACCCGUGCAAGACCAAAAUCAUGGACGGCUUCUGCUGCACCGGACCUGUGCCAACGAAGCCAACAACACCCGGACCAAUCGACCCGAAAACGACCACCGAAAGGGCCAACGUCCCACCGACACCCGUGCCGGAUAGCGCAAAUGACGGCGCCGGUUCUUCGCCCAGCUGGCUGUGGUUCGGCGUCGGAGCCGGCGUUGCCGCGCUCGUUAUUGCGGCCAUCGUAGGGUUUGUAGUGUGGAAAAAUCAGCAGAAAAAGGCUGCGAGCAACUAUCGGGUGCCGCCGGGAAAUCUGGAACUAUCAUAAGUUUGUAAAGAACUAAGGUUAACACGUAACUCAGGACAA